UGGCUGAUGGUUGCACGUGGUGUGACCAGGUGUGACAGAAAGGUCUUCCUGUGAGAAAAAAAUAGAAUAGAAUUUUUAUCGUAUUCUGUAAGAAUUACGUUCUGGAUGGAAAAGCUUUAAAAAUAAAGUAAAGAAGAAAAAUAAUUUUAUUACACGAGAAUUCUUUCUUGCUGCGAAAAUCUAAAAAAGAAAAGAAGAAAAGAAUGGAGUUUAUGCACUUUGAUAAUGACGAUGUGCCGUUUGAUAAUCAAGAGAUUGAGACAGCACAACAAACCAUUAUAAAAAAUAUCAAUUCUCAUUUAAAUCAAGCACGAUACGAUGGUUUACUUAUGCUGGAUAGAUUUCUGCCUACUUGUUCCAAGGAUGCAUUAUCAAAGUAUGGUUCAUUCUGGAUAACCAAUGCUAUUAAAAUUGUGGAAAAUGUGCAUAGUAGUACACAAGAUUUAACACUGGCAUGCAAAGUGUUAGGAUUUCUAAUCGAACAUUGCAAAAAUAUCCCAGAAUUACAUAAGCAGAUUUCCACACGAAAUAUAAAACAAAUCAUAAGUGCACUUACUGCUUUACAAGUAGAGGCAAAAUGUGGAGCGGUGUAUUAUUUAAUAGCUGUUAUGGUAUAUCAUUACCCUGAAGUUUGCGACCGAUUUCAGGAAUUGAUAAAGAAAAUGAUAUUACUACAAAUUGAUUCUACAGAUGAAAAUUUGGUUAUUGCAAGUGCAAAGUGCUAUGUUCUUCUUUCUAAAGCAACAGAGCGUUCAUUUAAAUCACCAGAAGCUACAUCUGCAUAUACCAGAUUCAUAUAUAAUGAAAUGUUGCUUUGUAAUAGUUUACAUGCUAUAAUGGAUGAAUUAUUUUGUGAAUUAAUCGAACUGGAAAAUGUGGAUAUUGGAGAUCAUUUAGAAUUAUUAUCCAUAACUGAUAAGAACAUAGUACAAAAUUACAACAAACAGAAACAGAGAUUUUCAAAUUUGUGCAUCUAUCUCUCCACAAUGUUGCAGGGAUAUGAAGCAAGAAGUUCUGUUUUGCCUCAGAUUAUUUUACAGGUUUUGUGUCGAGGAUUGACAAUUACACCAUUAAAUAUAAAAAACAAAACUUCUUCUAAGGAACAGAUGUUAUAUGUAAUCUUACCAAAAUUACAUAUCAGUUUGCUCUCAGUUUUGGAUGCAUUAAUAAAUAGAUUUGCACAGGAGUUAGUACCAUUUGGAAGAACAAUAUUAGAGUUAUUGCAAAAAAUAUUGCAAUGGACAAGCACUGACUUACAAAGUCAAAUGACAUUUAGCAAUAGUAAACCUUUUAGAAACGUAAAAAUACAAGCUUAUAGAUGUCUCAGUUCAUGGUUGAUGAAUACCAGUUCAUUGUCGGGUAUAGAGACAAUUGCAAAUGAAUGUCUUAUUUUCAUGUUGAAGGAUAUAACACCAGAACGAGAUCGUAUAUUAUUAACUAUGCAUCAAAAAAUGCCGCAUUUAUCUAAACGAGGGAUAAAACUUUUUAAACAGAGUCAAUAUGAAAAUAUCACAGUUUUGAAUAAUGAAAAAGGUUCUACUAAAAAUUUGGAUGCAGAUUUGUGCAGAGUAACUCUUAUUACUUUGCAGAACAUACUUUCCAGUGGUACCAUUCUGUUGAAAGAAACAUUUUAUAAGACUGUGCUAGGUACUGUGAUUCCUUUAUUAUACAAUCUUUAUUUAAGUUCUUCUGAACAAAACUUUUAUAAAGAAAACAACAAAUGUCGCUUGGAAUUAUUCAGAGUAUUAAAAGCCUUGCAAAUGAAUCCACAUAUUACAAUAGCAUUUCCCAUACAAUAUUGUCUAGAAAUAUCGCAUAUGGCAACUCAUGAUAUUGAUGUAAACAUUGUUCAAGAAGCAAAACUUGCAAUAGCUGAAUCAGAAAAAAUUAUACAUCCUGUUGCACCUACAUUACAAUUACCUCGACAGCAGGAAUCUGAUAAUGAAGUUGAAUUUGAAAAUCAUGUAGAAAAAGUUGUUGCUGCUAGCAAAUCAGACAAAAGAAGUUUAACUGAGGAAGAGCAAGAUGCAAUAUUAUCUGCACGUAAACGGCCCAAAAUAAAAUGUGUUGAAAUAAUACAAAAUGCAGAAAAUAGUAUAGAAUUAAUAGAAGUGAAUAAUAGCACAACAAAUAUAGAUAAAUCUCAGACAGAUGAGAAUUUAUAUGAAGAUAUUAACAAGUUAAAUAAAAAUGGUAGGACUGAAGAAGAGCUUCCUAAAGAUACAGAUGUAAUAUAGAAUUAAUAGAAACGAAUAAUAGCAUAAAGGAUGUAGAUAAAUCUCAGGCAGAUGAGAA